UGGGGGGCGGGGCGAGGCCUGAGGCCGGCGGGGCGGCAGCACUCGGGCCGGGGGUCCGGCGGGCUGCGGGGUCGCGCGGUCGGGGCCUCCGCGUGGGGCCGUUCCUCGCCCCGCCGCAAGAUGAGGAGCGCCCGGAGCAGCUGCUCGUGCCCGGGCGGCGCCGUGGAGCUGAGCCUUACCGGGAUGCCCGUGCCCGUGACGCGACGGCCCGGCAGCGCCUCGCCCGCCAAGCACGUGGUGCGCUCCGUGUCGGUCGUCGGCGAUGGAAAAACCAAAAGGAACGCGCUGGAGGAUGCAGGAUCCAGGGCCAUCAACAACCUCCGGAGGUCCAACAGCACCACCCAGGUCAACCAGCGGGCGAACAGCACACACAGCUCAGAGCAGACAGGAGACUUCCUGCCCUUCUUUGAGAGCAGUCCUGGUGGAAGAAAAAAGGUGGCGAGCGUGAGCAAAACCUCUCUGGAAAAGAAAACCACGUGGAACAUCCUGGAUGAUCAGCCACGAAUCUUCCCUGCCCCUUCUGGCUCCCGUACUGCUGAGCCUCCAGCAGGCAUGAGGAAAAAGGAAGCCACCGUGCUCCUAGCAGCCAAUUUCACAGCCAACAAUAGGAGCAACAAGGGCGCGAUGGGGAACUGUGUCACCACCAUGGUGCACAAUAACUAUUCCACCACUGACAAGGGCCCUGCACCCAAAAGCUCCAACCAGGCUCCAAGCUCCCUCAACAACGUCAUCAAAGCGACUGCGAACGAGGACAGCGAGAGCAGCAGCUUCAUGAAAUCUCAGAAGAAUUUCUCCAGCAACAAUAUCCUGACCCGCAACAACAACAGCAGCCUGCCCCGGAGGAAGGAGGUGACGGAAGAGGAGGCAGAGAGGUUCAUCCAGCAGGUGAACCUCGCCGCCGUGACCAUCCAGCGCUGGUACCGACGGCACUCGCAGCGGCGCAGGGCGGGAGCAGCGGCUCUGGGGCGCUUGCUGGCUGCCAAGAGGGAGGAAAGGCAGCAGCAGGAGGAGAGGAACGUCCUGGAUUUGCGUGACAGGAAGGAUGAGGAACGCCGGAAGAUCCGAGAGGAGAAGGCACGGCUGGCACGGCGUGCUGCCAUCCAGGAGCUGCAUCAGAAAAGGGCUCAAAAGGCUUCUGACACAAAGCGCUUGGCAGAAGAAGAGCUGGCACAGGUGAAGGAGAGCAGAAGGAUAGCAAAGAAAAAACCUGCCAAGCCUGCUUCUGCACGGAACGGCAGCCCAGCCAGCAGCAUCAUCAAAGCCAACAAUGCCGAUGCCAAUUUCCAUUCUGUAGCUGCAGAGCCAGAAGCAAGCGGCCUCGCAGAGCUCAGCUCCACGCCUUCACAGGAUCAUGGUGUGGAGGACAAGCUGCAGGAUGUGAGCUCCAGAGAGACAGGAGGCGAGGAUCUGGAGACGGUGGUGACUGCUGUCAGCAGGGCUCCGUCCAAGGUGACGCUCAGUGAGCUGCUGGACACGCUGAGGCUGCUGGAGGAAGAACCAGAGCUGCUGCCUCCUCCAAAGCUCUUCAAGAAAGACAAAUACACCUGGGUAGAUGGGGAGCCCGGCUCCAACUCCCUGACUGCUGACAACUUGGAGAAAUUUGGGAAGCUGAACCACUCCCCCGGUGUCCCUGAGGAUGGGGCCCUGCUCUCAGAGGCCAAACUCCAAAGUAUCAUCAGCUUCUUGGAUGAGAUGGAGAAGUCUGAGCAGGAAAGGCCCAGAUCUGCCACCUCAGCCACGCAGCGGGAGGGGCUCCUGUCUGAAGAGGAGCUGGCUCACUUGGAGCAGGCAUCGGCUGUUGCCACGGAGGUCACGAGCUCCAUCAUGAGGCUGAAGCUGGAAGUGGAGGAGAAGAAGCGAGCCAUCAGCCUGCUGCAGACAGCCUUGGCUCAGCAGAGGGAGCUUACUGUCCGGCACGUCAAGCAGACUGAGAAGGAGCUUGGCCACCAGCUCCAGCUGCAGAGGGAGCAGUACGAGGCAGCUAUCCAGAGACAUCUGGCCUUCAUCGACCAGCUCAUAGAUGACAAGAAGGUGCUGAGCGAGAAGUGUGAGACUGUGGUGGCAGAGCUGAAACAAGUGGACCAGAAGUACAGCAAGAAGCUCACUCAGAUGCAGGAGCAGCACGAGCUGGUCUGGCGUGCUUUGGGCCCCUUUUGUGAGGAGAUCAAAAAGCUCAAGGAACUCAUGAGUGCAACGGAGAAGAUCAGGAGGGAAAAGUGGAUUGAUGAGAAAACCAAAAAGAUCAAAGAGAUCACUGUGAAAGGACUGGAGCCAGAGAUCCAGAAGCUGAUCACCAAGCACCGUCAGGACAUUCAGAAGCUGAAGAUGCUGCAUGAGGCCGAGCUGCUGCAAUCAGAUGAGCGGGCAGCACAGCGGUACUGCAGGCAGGCAGAGGAGCUGAGGGGACUGCUGGAGCAGCAGAAGGAGGAGCAGAGCCAGCGGGAGAGGGAGCUGGCCCGGCAGCGGUGUGAGAAGCAGCUGGAGCAGGAGGAACAAGCACUGCAGCAGCAGCGGCGCCGGCUCUACGCAGAGGUGGCCGAGGAGAAGGAGCGGCUCAGCCAGCAGGCAGCCAGGCAGAGAGCAGAGGUGGAGGAGCUGAGGCGGCAGCUGGAGGCGAGCAGCUCGGCUGUCACCGCUGCACUGAAGGAGGAGUAUGCCAGAGAGAAGGAGGAGCAGGAGAGGCGGCAUCAGACAGAAGUGAAGGUGCUGAAAGACCGACUGGAGCUUGAGAAACAGGCCUGGGAGGCCAGCUAUGUGAAGAAGGAGGAAGCCUGGCUGCUCUCCCGGGAGCGGGAGCUUAGGGAGGAGGUGAGGAAGGAGAGGGACAAAGAGAUUGAGUUGGUCAUCCAGCGCCUGGAGGCUGACAUGUCCUCCGCCAAGGAGGAGUGCGAGCGGGCGGCUGAGAACAGGAUCAAGAGGAUCCGGGAUAAGUACGAGGUGGAGCUGCAGGAACUGGAGAGGUCUGAGAGGAAGCUGCAGGAGCGCUGCAACGAGUUGAAGGGGCGGCUGGUGGAACUGGAAGGAGAGAGCAUCCGUCUGCAGGGCCUGCUGAAGCACAAGGAGCAGGAGGUGGAGGAGAUCCGGAAGGUACGGGACCAGCUGUCACAGGAGAGGAGCAGCCUGGCAGAAGUGAUCCGGCAGGAGUUUGCAGACAGGCUGGUGGGCACCGAGGAGGAGAACAAGAGGCUGAAGGCAGAGAUGGCGGAGCUGCGUGCCCGGCAACGCCUGGAGCUGGACAGGGUGGUACGGGAGAAGGAGCGAGAGCUGGAGGAGGUCCACAGGAGGGUGAAGACGGCCGUGGCGAGGAAGGAGGAGAACGUGAGCAGCCUUCGGAAGCAGUACGAGGCUGCAGUGCAGAGAGCCGACCACCUGGAAGCCCUCCUGGAGCAGCAGCGCCGGCAGCUGCUGGCCGCCGAAUAGCCCUGUGGCACCUGGGUGCAUGGGCCCCUACCGUGGGGCUGGGGGUGGCUUCCUUCUUCCCUCCCCUUUUUUUUUUAAUUGGUGCCUCAGUCGGGGGUCCCAGUGGGGCCACGUGGCAGCGUUUGGAUUUCUGGUGGUUGUGUUUUAACAAUAAAAGCUG